AUGAAGAAGUUAAUUACUGACAAACACAAUGAAAUCAGGAGAAAGGUUAAACCAACUGCUGCCAAUAUGCUGAAAAUGGUUUGGAAUGAAAAUGUUGCCGAGCAAGCUCGAAAAGUGUCUGAACAAUGUCUUUUCCAAAGUAGUCCCAUGGCCAGUCGAACGUUGGGGCAUAUGGUGUGUGGCGAGAACAUACUUCAGACAAAUAAUUUCAAGGAGUGGGCAGAAGUAAUUAAGUUCUGGACUGCUGGGAAGGAUUACUUCAAGUAUGGCACUGGGGCUACAGACCCAGCCCAAAAUGUAUUUGGCUACACUCAGAUGAUUUGGUACAAUUCAUACCAAAUUGGAUGUUCCGUUUCUUAUUGCGAGACGGCUACUUUCCCGUUCUUGUACAUAUGCCAUUACUGCCCAGGAGGGAACUUCGUGCACCAAAUUCCAACCCCCUACAAAAGCGGCCCAACGUGUGAACACUGCCCCGGUAGAUGCGAGGAUAAACUUUGCACGUGUGGACAAAUCAGCGCUUCUGUUCUUCACAGCGUCGAGCUGCAGUUCCCCGUAGCUGAUACUGAGACUUCUGUAGUUGACGCUGUGAAGAUUAAGUUCCCCAAAACCUCAAAAACACUCUGA